AUGGCGGAGAUCAAGAUCGACACCAGGCUCUUCCAAGAGCGCAUCAAUUCCUUCGUCACGUCAUGGAAGAAUGACUUGCGAGCCAAGGAUGGCGGCCUUUUCCAAGGCGCCACCUCGCUAGUCGUUCUCAUGGGCAAGGUCGAAGAGAUUCCCGAGUUCCACAAGAACAACGCCGUGCAUUUUUGGCUUCUUGGAUACGAGUUCCCAACGACCUUGAUGCUCUUCACCACCGAGACUCUGUACAUCCUGACCACGCCCAAAAAAGCCAAGCACCUCGAGCAGCUCAAGGGCGGCCGUUUCCCGAUCGAGGUCCUCUCCAAGGGCAAAGAUGCCGAUGAGAAUGCCAAACUGUGGAAGACUAUUACCGACAAGAUCAACGAAUCUGGAAAGAAAGUUGGCACCAUCGCUCGAGACACUUCUAAGGGACCAUUUAUCGACGAGUGGAAGAAGAUCUUUGCCGACAAGUGCAAGGAUGUGGAGGAAGUCGAUGCCUCUUUGGCCCUUUCUACGUACGCUUUUUCGGUCAAGGAUGAAAACGAGCUGCGCGCUAUGCGAACCGCUUCCAAAGCCUGCGUUGCUCUGAUGACACCCUACUUUCUGGACGAAAUGUCCAAUAUUCUCGAUGCCGAGAAAAAGGUCAGGCACUCAGCGCUCCAGGACAAGGUUGACAAGAAGCUCGAUGACGACAAAUUUUGGAAAACUGUCCAGCUGCCCAACAAUACUAAGCUGCCCGCCGAUCUCGACGCCACGCAGCUUGACUGGAUCCUCGGUCCUGCCAUUCAGAGUGGUGGCAAGUUUGAUCUGCGAUUUGCCUCCGACUCCAACGAUGACAACCUGCACCCCGGCAUCAUUGUCGCCGCCAUGGGUCUGCGAUACAAAUCGUACUGCUCUUCGAUCGCCCGCACUUACCUCGUCGAUCCGAACAAGUCCCAGGAAAACAACUACAAACUUCUCUACCAAAUCCACAAUGCCGUCAUCCAGGAGCUACGCGAUGGUGUGGUUGCCAAGGAUGUCUACGCCAAGGCUCUCAGCAUCAUCAAAGGCAAGAGCCCUGAGAUGGAGAAGCACUUCCUGAAGAACGUCGGCUGGGGCGUUGGCCUCGAGAACCGAGAUUCAACCUUGGUUCUCAAUGCCAAGAACCAGCGUACUCUCAAGGACGGCAUGACCUUGAUCAUCAACACUGGAUUCCAGGACAUCGAUAACCCGCAACCCCAAGACAAAAACUCGAAAACUUAUUCGCUCGUGCUCAAUGACACUGUCCGUGUCAGAAGUGCCGAGCCCAUUGUCUUCACUUCCGAAGCCCCUACAAGCGCCGACGCCAACUCCUUCUUCUUCAAGGACGAUGAAGAGGAGCAGCCGACGCCGAAGAAGGAGAAGCGCGAUUCUCGUGUCGGCGCUGUUGCUACCAAAAACAUCACCAGCACAAGACUUCGCUCAGAACGUUCUACUCAGGUGGACGACGAUGCUGAGGCCAAGCGCCGCGCCCAUCAAAAGGAACUUGCCUCUAAGAAGCAAAAGGAGGGUCUUGUCCGAUUCUCCGAGGCCAAGAGCGACAAGAAUGGCGCUGAGGUCAAAAAGUUCAAGCGCUUUGAUUCGUACAAGAGAGACGAUCAAUUCCCGGCGCGUGUCAAGAACAUGGAGAUUGUUGUUGACGCCAAGAAUGCCACGGUUGUGCUGCCCAUUAUGGGUCGGCCCGUGCCUUUCCACAUCAACACAAUAAAGAAUGCCAGCAAGAGCGAUGAAAAUGACUUUUCAUUUCUGCGCGUCAACUUUCUGUCUCCUGGACAAGGUGUUGGCCGCAAAGAUGACCAGCCUUUCGAGGAUGCCAACGCUCACUUUGUGCGUAGUUUGACAUUCCGUUCCACGGACGGUGACAGAUAUAGCGAGAUCGCAACUCAGAUUUCCAACUUGAAGCGUGAAUCUGUCAAGAAGGAACAGGAGAAGAAAGACAUGGAGGAUGUUGUGGAACAGGACAAGCUCACAGAAAUCAGAAAUCGUCGACCCGCUGUCUUGGACAAUGUCUACAUCAGACCGGCGAUGGAGGGCAAGCGCGUACCUGGCAAGGUCGAAAUACACCAGAACGGUAUUCGUUAUCUCUCCCCGCUCAACGCCCAACACCGCGUGGAUAUCCUCUUUUCCAACGUCAAGCACUUGUUUUUCCAGCCGUGCCAGCACGAACUGAUUGUCAUUAUCCACAUUCACCUCAAGGACCCCAUCAUUGUCGGCAACAAGAAGAAGACAAGGGAUGUUCAGUUCUACCGCGAAGCGACGGAUAUCCAGUUCGACGAGACUGGCAAUAGAAAGCGCAAGUACCGUUACGGUGACGAGGAUGAGUUCGAGGCCGAACAGGAAGAAAGACGCCGUCGCGCUGAUCUCGACAGACUGUUCCAAGGUUUCGCGCAGAAGAUUGCCGAAGCAGGCCGCAACGAGGGCAUUGAGGUCGAUAUGCCUAUCCGGGACCUCGGAUUCCACGGUGUGCCGUUCAAGAGCAACGUCUUCAUUCAGCCGACGACAGAUUGCCUGAUUCAGGUCAUAGAACCGCCGUUUAUGGUGAUCACGAUUGAGGACAUUGAAAUUGCUCAUCUAGAACGUGUGCAAUUUGGUCUCAAGAACUUUGACAUGGUGUUUGUGUUCAAGGACUUUACACGUGCACCAUACGCCGUCAACACCAUCCCCGUCGAGUCCCUCGACCAAGUCAAGGACUUCCUUGACUCUUCGGACAUUGCUUACAGCGAGGGUCCCCUGAACCUCAACUGGCCGACGAUUAUGAAGACGGUCACGGCCGACACUCACCAAUUCUUCGUCGACGGCGGUUGGUCCUUCCUGCAGGCCGACUCGGACGAGGAGGGCGAGGAAGAGUCGGAAGAAGAGUCGGCCUUUGAGGUGGACGACGACGAAAUGGACGCGGCCUCGGAAUCGAGCGAAGAUGACUCGGAAUAUGGUAGUGACGCGAGCGACGACGACGAUGAUGGUGACGCGGAGGUAGAUAGUGAUGAUGAGGGUGAAGAUUGGGACGAGCUUGAAAAGAAGGCCAAGAAGCGCGACAGAGAGAGCGGCCUGGAUGAUGAGGAGGAGCGCAGCGGCAGCAAGAAGCGCAGAAAGUAA